AUGAAGCCUUCUGACGAUCAGAGGAUUCUUUUCAGAGAUUUCAUUGCUUAUACUCAUUAUUUCUUCCAGAACGAUAACAUUUCAUGUCCGACAUUUAAAUACUCCACAAUGACCGAGGAAACGAUGUAUCUUGAACAAUAUAGAGACAAUAGUUCAUAUAUGAUAAAGCUGUCUGACACGUUGUGCUAUUAUGAAAUAAGCACAUUUUCUGAAGAUCAAGAGGCAUGGCUGCUAGAAAAGAGAUUAAAAAACGAUUUCUGGAUCACUAAAUAUAUUCACUGGAAAAUUGUUGAUCUUGGAAGGAUGGUUGUUGUGUCUGCAGUUGACAUUACAGACAAUGCAGAUGCUUCAAGCAGUUGUAAUACUGAUCUUGGAAUGAGUGACCUAAGUGUUACAGAUGAUCAAAUUUCAGCCUCGUCUUACCUACCAGAGUUCCCGCCGUACAUGUCUAGGCCGUAUUAUUCCGGUUGGUGUCCACAGUUUAAUGACGAACAACCGUUUAUUCAGAUUGAGAUGCCAUUUAAAACAACGAUUGAGGGAAUUACUGUGUAUAAUUCUCGAGAGGCAGUGUGUAUUGGAAAGACGAAAUCUAUAACGCUCAGUCAAAUUGCACUGGCAGUAUAUUUUGCAGAAGAUGUCAAAAGGUCUUUCAUAUAUUACCAUACUUUUAUCGUCGAUACCUCUUUGCCGGAUUCCCACCCACAAACAUUCUGGUUCCAGGAAAGGUUACAAGCCAUGCUAGUAAAGGUCGUCAUACAAAAAGGCGAUUUGUCAGAGAUGACCUGUAUACGAAUCGAACUUCACGGCUGUAGACAUGCUGAAACUUUUCAGACAAUCAAUGCAUUUGUACGAAAAAGACAAAUCAAUUAUCACGAAGUUGUGGGAUUUACUAGCGAAAUUGAUGAGUUCGAAAGUAUACUUACAAGCAUUGGUUUUCCAGGACAUUAUUCAACCAGCCAAUCAUAUAAUUGGAUUAUUCGAUAUCCUGAAUUUCACUUCAUAAAAUUAGUCUUUACCCACAUUGAGUUAAACACCUUGAAGGGUACUGAUCACACGUUCUUUACAUGCAAUGAUUCCAUAAUAAUAUCAAAUGACCUUGCAGACAGCGAUUUUGCAAGAGUUAUCGAUAGCAGAUACAAUGGAGUGAAACAUUCUUUAACUGUGGAAACAAAAGAAACUCAAAUUGUUGUGUCUUUUGUAACAUGUGCAAUAUCCUCCCCAACCAAUUUAGGAAAUGGUUUCAGAACAUUUGCAACAUUUGAAAAUAUGCCAGCUUGUUUUUCACUCCGUCCAAAUAUACCUUGGCACGAAGGAUUGCGGGAGACGUGCAAUCAGUUAACGAUGCUUAUUUCAUCAAUGUCUUAUCUUGGGUUUUCUUUUUCACAAACUUCCGAACAGUGGACAAUUCAUAUUCCAAAUAAGCGAGUUCAUGUUGAAAUACUUAACUUCCAUGUACCCUGCCAAAACGAAAACUACCCGUUAGAGUUCAAGAUAAUCGAGAAUGGACAAUCAGUGUCUUACUGCAAUAUAAAUAGACCUCCGGAUAGUUUCUAUUCUUCAUCAGAAAAGCUUACAAUAUACUUUUUAAAAGGUUUUGUAACCCCAAUGUACAAAAACGUUGUUGCUAGUGUAGAAGGAUUUAGAAUUAUUUAUAGUACAGUUCAUGACUCCGAAGAACAUCUGGUAGACUACAAGGAUGCGUUUUUUAAAGUCAGAAAUAUUGCUUUGGAUAAGCCAGCUGUUUCGAGAAAUGUUCAUGUUGACAGGCCUGCUGUCCUAGCCACUGAUGGAAUAACAUUUCAAGACUGGUCGUCUGGUUUGUGUUUUGGUAGCGAUUCAACUUGGUGGCUGUUAGAUUUGCAAAAUGUCUACAACGUAUACUACAUAGUAUUAUAUAAUCCAAUUGGCACUAAUAAUGAAUUUCAAUGCGGCGCAAUGGUUAUUUUGUCUGGCUUGGCUGCCUUCAACAUGCAAAGAACUGCCUAUCUAUGUGAUGAAAUAGAAACAGGCAGAACAAUACGUUUGCAUAAAAUCGUUGCAAGAUACAUUCAACUGCAGUUAAUAGAAUGUGUAGUAAAGGAUUUGGCGUCUCUUUCAUUAUGUGAAGUGCAAGUGUAUGGCGAAUUAGAAAUGGGAUAUGCUGAACCUACAAGGAAGGAACCGUUUUUUCCAACUAAAGCAUUUUAA